AUGAGCUCCACCCACCAACCCCUCGCGCCGCUGGGAGGCAUCCUCCCCGUAAGCCUUGGACGCGGCAACGGCAACGGGCAUGAGAUCCCUCGCAAGAUCACGAAGUCCGGUCGAGCCUGCGACAAGUGCCGCUCCCUGCGGAAACGAUGCGACGGCGCGAAACCCUGCACCCGCUGCCGGGGCCUCAAGGUGCCAUGCGAGUACUCCGGCCCCGACGGCCGCAAGAACGAAGACUGGAAGGCGCGCGUGGAGGCCCUCGAGCGCCGGAACCGCUUCCUCGAGGAGCAGGUCGCGCAGAUGAGCGCGCACCUCGCGCAACGUCAAUCCCAACCGCAGUCUCUGGCAGCAGUGCAGGUGCGGGUGCAAGAACUGCGCGACGACGACAACGACGAAAUGCUGCACAUGUUCUACGCCGCCACAGCCGACCACCCGCUGCUCGGGCAGAUGAGGGCCCAGUACGGGGUCCGCCGGGAAAACAGACGCGACAAGCUGCCGGACGAGCAGCUGACGCGGUACUCGAUUUCCGCGUUCUUCCAGUGUGCCUCGACGCUGUUCUACGUGACGACGGAGGAGCAGUCGACGCAGCUGGUGGAGCGCGUGUACCACAGCGACGACGCGAGUGUCGAGGACUUCUGUGAGCUCUCUGCGCUUGCGGCUGUUGGGAGUCUGUAUAGGAUCGAUGAGGUUCCCGAGGAGACGCGCGCAGAGUAUUUCUUUUUGGCGUCGACGAGUCUGAGCGAGGCGAUGCGGGGGGAUCAUGUGCAGGGGAUGCGCAUCUUUAUUUGUCUUUGCCUGAGCUGUGUCUUGGAUAAGAGCUCGAAUGCGAAGUUGUUGACUAUGUCCGCGCUGGAUCUCGCCCGGUCGAAAUUGCAGGGUCAGUUGCAGCAGUCGUAUCCUAACGACAUUGAUUCGGAGGAGUAUAGGAGGACGGUGCAGACGUUGGUCUUUCUGGAAGGAUGGCUCUCCUUCUCGCUCGGCUACAAGAACUGCCUCAAGGAAAGCGAAAGAAACCUCGUCCACGGCCUCUGGCCCCCAGCCCCCCAGUCCUUCUCCGUAACACCCGAAGCAUACACGACCCGCCUGAUCCAAUCCCAAAUGGCAAACCUCGCCCUGCUGGCCUCGGGCAUCCAAAACGAAAUGGUCCUCUUCCAAGCCGACUACUGGGCCCAUGCCGACCGCCUCUCCCUCCAGCUCGACCUCUGGCACCAAAGCCUCCCGCCGCAACUGCACCUCGCCGCACUCAACAAGCCGGAGAAGGGCGUGACAAUGCUGCAAGAGCGCGCGAUCUACCUGAUGCACAUGCUCUACAUCGACUCGCGGCUGCAGCUGUACUGCCAGCUAUUCAAGGCGAGUCAGAACGGCACAAACGGCACCGGCACCGGGAUCGGGAUCGGCCUGCACCAGAUCGGCCCGGAGUCAAGAUUCAGCCUCGAGACGCUGUUCAAGCAGGUCCCGGCACAUAUCUGCGAUGUGAACACGGAUUUCUCGAUCCAGCUGGCGAGGAUCAUCACGCUUAUGUUUUCGCGUGAGGCCAUUUUCGCGCGGUGCUGGCUUGUCAUACGCUGCGCCUUCGACGCCUGCAUCGUGCUCCUCCUCGGCGUGUGCCAGAAGUACUUCACGGGCGCCGAAGCCUCAACAAUGGAGCUGGACAUCACCGAGAUCUUCGCGCACAUCGAGUCCUGCCGCAAGGUCCUGCGGUGGUGCGGGAAGAGAGACGUCGCCGCGAACCGGCUGGGGGACCUUCUCGAUCCGGUUCUGCGUCAGCUCAGCCAUAUGAGCAUGGGCUCGGGCUCUAGUCCGCGUCCCGGUCUAGCAGGCGCCGGGGGCGGGGGCUCCAGCUCGUCGGGCACGGGCUCAUCGGGACAGACACCUGGCACCAGCGCCACCGAGGGCUUCAGCCCAAGUCUAGCGGGUAGCGGCGGCGGAGGCUCGUCGGGUACGGGCUCAUCGGGACAGACGCCCAGGACCAGCACCACCGAGGGCUCUACGCCGGCCUCCGGCUCCGGCUCUGGGUCUGGAUCUGGAUCUGGAUCUGGAUCUGGAUCUAGCUUGCUCGCGCCACCUGGGAGCGUGGACACGCCCGGUUCAACUUCUGCUUCUGAUGUAGCUACGGCUGCCAGUCGCCCCUUGGACGUGGAGAGUUUCAGCACGGAUACGCGCGAGAUGAACAUCCAGUUCAUCCUCGACAAGAAGGCGAGCGACCUGCUUAUGCUUGUGCGGAUGACGCAUCAGAUCUUCAACCUCAUGCCGCCGGAUGGGUGUUAUGUUUGGGUGUAG